AUGACUCAACCAAAAACUUCAGAUACCAACAGUGAUAUACCAAUUAAUUCAGUAACUCAAAAUCUUACCAAUGAUUUCGGUAUUAAUGAUAAUUUAUUUCUAACAGCAUCUGAAGAGCAAGGAAAGUGUGAUUUUUCAUCACCACAUUUCUUUGAACAUGAUUCAAGAUCGCAAAUAAUAUCCACCCAGGAAUCAUCUAUUGCAUCUCCAUCAUCAUCAUCUCCUCCUAUACUUGAACGUCAACUGAGUAAGGAGUGUGUAAUAGAACAAAAAGUAGAAACAGAUACUAAAAAUCCAUUAUCACUGGAUACUUUUGGAUUACCAUUCAGUUCAUCAACGUCGACUAAUAGUCAGUUACAUUGUAUUCCUACAACUGUUACAAGUGUUACUUCUGUCCGACGUCCUCGUCAUAAACCUGCAGAACGACGGGAAUUAUUGGAGUUAGCUGUAAAUGAUGUAUUAGGUUCUCAGAUAUCAAUGAGACGUGCUGCACAAAAGUAUAACUUAGCAAAAUCAUCUCUAUGUGAUUAUGUUCGUAAAAAUGGAAUUAUAUUACCCAAUUUACGUUUUAAAUCUUAUCAAACUAUUCCAAGAUCAACAGCUACUGAUUUGGCUGUAUCAAGUAAAAAAGUUACCUUAUCAGGAAGUACAAAUCGUCAAACAUUGGCUUCAUGUAAACGUAGCGGUUCACCAAUGACUGGUGAUACUUGUAUAUCAUCAUCUAUGAAUCCUUUACCGGCAAAAUUAUCAUGCGGUAUAACUCGUAAAGUGAAUAUUAGUCGAACAAAGAAUAUGGAUAAUAAUAGUAAUAAGCAACACUCUAAAUUAUCUGCAAGACCAUUAAUCCAAAUGGAUAACUUAUCCCUUGGAAUAGAUAAUGACAGAACUGUUUCUUUGGCUAGUAAUUGUGACUUAAACUGUAUUCGUUCACUUAUAUCAUCGGAGAAAACUGGUAUUGAUUCUUGUCCAAAUGAAUUUUGUUUAUCAAGUCAACAACAUCAUACAAGUAAUCAAAGUAAUCUAUUUAGUGUAUCCAACAUAUCUAAGUGUUUCGCAAAUGUUACCACUUGUAAAUCAGGUCGUGUUGAAAGCCCUUGGUAUAAUGCUGCUGGACUUCCUACUCAAGUGCCUAUGCGUUCAUGGACAGGUACUAAUACAUUAAGUGGAUCAUUACAAAAUAUGAAUCAACCAGAUCAACAAACAAUAAUUAUGAAAAGUACAUCAUCUAACAGUGGAAUAUUCAGUAAUCAUCUACAUUCGAAUGUAGAUGAUUCUCUGAAUAGUAAUCUAUGUCUUACUAAUAAAUCCAAACUAAACCAUCCUUCUCUAUCCACAAAUGUAAAUACACCACUUUCAUUAGCCAAUAAUUAUUUAAAAGUCUUGACUGAGAAUACAAGUGAUACAGUAACAGAUUGCUUACAAGUUGCAAACUAUUUAUUAUCCGGUGAAACUAAAACUCUCGGUGGUGAAUUAAAUAGUCGACAAAAUUUUUUUUUAUCAAAUGAUUGUUGUUGUCGUCCAACAAAUUUUCCAACUGAUUCUUCUAUUUCCCAAUUAUCAUCUGAAUAUGAUCGUCGGAUAUUAUUAAACGAAGAAUCUGCCAAAUCUUGGAUUUUUAACAAUUCAAAUAGAAAUAAUAACGGAUUAUCAGAUUCGGAACAAUCAAGAAUAAUUCUUGAUAGUACACAAUCUCUUCGUAGUACAAACGAAUCAUCAUCAUCAUCUACAGGAGUUUCAUAUUCACCUCCUACUAGUAGCAACACUGCUACUUUAGAUUCAUCAACUAAUUCAAGAUUUUUAACUACUCCACUUAGUUUAUCUACAUCUAGUUGUCAAAUUUUUUCAGAUGAAACUAUAAAACUUCCUUUUAAAACUAUUCAUUCUAAUUCAGAUCAUACAGAUCAUAUUGGUUUACAAUCUGAAUCUGGGGAUAGUAAUAAUAACAUUGUUACAGAUCGUUUUUUAUCAAAUUCUACUACAGCAUCUGCUGCAUUAUAUUCAUUUCUUGGUCUUAAUUCUAUUAAUCAUAUUAAUUCUCAUAUUUGUCAACCAUCAACUUCAAUUUUUCAAUCGAAUUUAUUACCUAUUAAUCAAGCAGCUAUAGCUGCAUUAUUAUUGCAAUAUACUCGAGGUACUGCUGCAAUUCCUGUUUCAACUGCUUCAACUGUUUCGAUAAAUUCAACUAAUACAUCAAAUUAUACAAAUUGUCCUAUUGUUACUUCACCUUUCAACUCAUCACAGCUUCAAAAUUCAAUUGAUAUUGUACAAAAUUCAUUAGAUCAUUCAAAUCAAAUUGAUAAAUCAUUCAUUCAAACAACACAAUCUAUUCCUUCAACUCAUUUACCUUAUUCUACCAAAAAUCAUUGUACUUUAUCAGAAUUAAAUUUUUAUGAUCAACAAAUUAAUUUAUUAAAACAAUUUCCAAAAUUUUUAUUAGAAUCUAAUAGUGGGAUAGUGUCAUCACCAAAUGAAUUAGUUAUUCCAACAUAUUUAACAAAUCAAUCUGCUGCUUAUUCUUUGCGGCAAUUGGCAAACACUUUAUUCUGGAGUUCGCUUGGUUCCAAAGCCAUAGAUUUACUUUCAACAUUUGGACCGAGCAUAUUACAACCACCGCCAUCAUCAUUAUCAUCAUUACAAGAGCAACGGAUUAACUCGGUAAAUUUUUCAAAUUCUUCAUCCAUUCAUACUACUACAACAACAACAACAACCGUAACCCCAACAUCUAUAGCUGUAACAAAAAGUGGAAUAAAUCUAUUAAAUAAUAAUAAUAAUAUUGACAAUCAAGUUAAUUGUUGUGGAACUACCGAUUCAAUCAAAGUUCAUCAACCGACUACAUCAAUAUCAAUAACAAACGAUCCUUCUACUUUAUUAUUAAAUAGUGAUUUAUUAAGAAAUCAAUUACUUUUACUUCAUUCCAAUAAUUCUAACAUGUCACAUCAUGUACAAGGUCUUAUUAAUUUUAUAAAUAAAUCACCAACACCAUUUCAUGUUAUCCAAUCAGUGAGGACAUUUUUGGAUAAUCAUGGUUUUCGUGAAUUAUUUGAAGAAGAAUCUUGGAGUUUACGACCUUUAGAUAAAGUUUAUAUAACAAAAAAUGAAUCAACUGUAAUUGCAGCCGCUGUUGGUGGUCGAUUUGAAACAGGCAAUGGUUUUACAUUGCUUGGAGCACAUACAGAUAGUCCAUGUUUACGUUUAAAACCAAAUUCGGAACGUUUAAAAGAAGGAUAUAUUCAAUUAGGUGUUGAAACAUAUGGUGGUGGUCUUUGGUAUACAUGGUUUGAUAGAGAUUUAAAAUUAGCUGGACGUGUAAUUAUUCGUAAUGCUGAAGGACGCCUGGAACAACGUUUAGUACAUAUUAAUAAUCCAAUUGCAUGUGUUCCUAGUUUAGCAAUACAUUUAAAUCAAGAAAUAAAAACUCAAGGUUUUCAUCCAAAUUCUGAACAACAUUUAUCUCCAAUAUUGUGUACUAGGUUAAUGGAACAGCUUCAAAAUCCAAAUGCUCAAAAUGCCAAUACUACCGAAUGUGGAAAUGAUUCAACAAAUUCGUGUUUUAACAUAUGUCCUAUUUCAUUGCCUAAUAGAAAUCGUCAUCCACCAGCUUUAUUACGUUUAUUAAGUGAAGAAACAGGUGUUAGUGAACAACAAAUUGUAGAGCUAGAGCUUUGUUUUGCCGACGCACAACCUGCUUGUGUUGGUGGUUUAUACAAAGAAUUUAUUCAUGCACCUCGUUUAGAUAAUUUAUUUAAUUCUUAUGCUGGUCUUCAUGGUUUCAUUGAAUCUCUUCCAACUUUAUCUUCUGAAUGUAAUAUACGUUUGUUAUGCUUAUUUGAUCAUGAAGAAGUUGGAUCUACAUCAACUCAAGGUGCAGAUUCAGGUUAUACUUUGUCUGUUAUUCGUCGACUUAAUAAAGCAUUUGAAAUGUGCAAUUUAUCUGAAACACUUACACCAAGUAACAAUACAAAUAUAUCACAAUGUACAAAAUGUAAUUUAGAUUUACAUUUUGAAAAAUCAUUAGCUAAAUCUUUUCUUGUAUCAGCUGAUCAAGCUCAUGCAGUUCAUCCAUCAUGGGGUGAACGACAUGAAUGUUAUCAUAAACCUCAAUUUCAUAGUGGUGUCGUAUUAAAAUACAAUGUUUCACAACGUUAUGCUACAAAUAGCCUUACUGCAGCGGUUGUUCGUGAAAUUGCUCAUUUGUGUAAUGUCCCAGUUCAGGAAUUUGUUUCAAGACAAGAUAUGCAUUGUGGUUCUACAAUAGGACCAUUAUUAUCAUCCCAAUUAGGUGUACCUACUGUAGAUUUAGGUUUUCCUCAAUUAGCUAUGCAUUCAUGUAGAGAAUUAUGUUGUUCAACUAGUAUUGAACAAGCAGUACGUUUUUUUUCAUCAUAUUAUGAACAUUUAUCAAAAUUAUGGUGUAAUCAAUCAUAUCGUGAAAGUAAACCACCACCACCACCACAACAACAACAACAACAGCAACAAUCCCAUCAAUCUUAUCAUCAAAUUCAUUUGAUGAAUUAA